UGGGUGGAAGGUUGCUUCACCUGUCAAGCCUCCAAAAUGGGGGUUAUCGGGGUCCUACCUGGCUCAGUGCAGUGGCCGCCCUACAAUCGGCCCUUGGCAAAUGUUUGCUGUGGCCGGCGGCGCUGCUGCCCCUUCACAGUGUGCUCUACGUUUGUGGGUCUCCACCACACCUGAGUGGGCUGUCUCUGCAUUCGGUUUGCCCAGGGCUAUCCUGGCUCACGCUUCGUAAUCAACAGCAGCCCUUUUACUCUCAGAAGUGCCCAGCUGGACAAUACAUUCCUUCUGUGAUUGCCCUGUCCACCAUCACAUUGGAUAAGCAGCCACGGAGAUCUUGUUUGAGAUGGUGGCUUCAUGUGGCUAUACUUGGGUCCCUGUUGAGCAGGAAGGCCUGGUGAACAUUCUUGGGGAAUGUUUUGGCUCAGAUGGGGAUUCUGAGGCCCAUAGAGGGAAGAGACUUGCCCAGGGGCAACAGAGCAGGGAUGGACAACCGCCACUCACAGAGUGGUUCUGGACCCUGCCAGGUGCCGAGCAUGCAGCCCGCUGGCCGCUAUGGGCUAGUCAGCCGUGGACAACAGUCAAGGCCUGCACAGCACACUGGGGGGCAGUGUAUGGUUCUCCAUGGCGCCGGCAGCAGCAGAGGUGGCUCUGAGGCACAGACUGUGUUUGAGGGGGGGGGCCAGUAGCUGGUGACACCUGAUGAGAUAGAUUGUGGCCAGACUGAGGGCUUGAUGGCAGUAGAAGACCCUGGUAGUGUCCGGGUGGGGAGUGACUUGGCAGGGUGAGUCUUGGGAAGAUCGUGCUGGCAUGACGUAUACCGGCGAUGGAGAUACUGUGCAAGAUACUGUCCCGACACAGGGGUUGGAGGAGGCCGAGGGGAUCCGGCAGCGGAGUGCGAGGACCAGACGCCCCAGCGAUGACCAGUUCCCCUGUCUCCAGAGUCGUCUACAACGGCAAGAGGAACAGUAGCCCCCGCUCUCCCCCCAACAGCAGCGAGAUCUUCACCCCGGCCCACGAGGAGAAUGUGCGCUUCAUUUACGAAGCCUGGCAGGGCGUGGAGCGGGACCUGCGCAGCCAGAUGUCGGGCAGCGAGCGGGGCCUGGUGGAGGAGUAUGUGGAGAAGGUCCCUAACCCCAGCCUGAAGACCUUCAAGCCCAUCGACCUGAGCGACCUGAAACGCCGGAACACGCAGGACGCCAAGAAGUCCUAAGGCGCGCCGGUGCCCCUCCCCUGGCCUCUGGGAGAUCUGGGUGCAGCCUGCUGCUGGCCUCCUCCUCUCCUGUGGGCCCACCUCCUGGGAGGGGGAGGGGGCCUUGCUCCCAGUGGGCUGAAAACCCCAGGACCAGGACAUGAUUGAUGGCCGAGGCCUGCCCCUCCUCCCUGAGUCCCCUCCUUUCCUCUUGGGGGAUCUCAAGCUACCCCCGACACUAGGGGGGCUUGGGCCCUGCCAGCCCCUGCCCUCCCGUGGGCCUAGGUGGCUCUUUCGAGCUGCCUGGCCCUGCCUGCCCCCCAGGACCUUGACCCUGACUCCCUUCACCUUCCCCUGCCCCCACCCCCCUACCCCUGGCCACUUCCAGGAUCAGGAGGGAGACGAGGGGGCCUUUGUUGUCUCCUGUGCUGGUGGGAUUGGGCUGGGUUAGCUCCUGAGGUGGCCAGGAGGCAGGACAAGGGUGAUCCCACCCAUGCCCAGCAUGGGUCCCCCACCGACCCCUGCUGCGUCUCUGGCCUGGACACGGAGUGUCUGACCCCUCACCCCACUCUCUAACCUGGCCCCUUCCUUCCCUGUGUCAGCUUCAGGAUGGCACCAGCUGUCUGGGCCUGGGACACUGCUGGGUGCCCCCUCCAAGGGUCUUGGGCAGCCAGGCCUGGCCCCCCCUUGGGAAGGGGCAUGGGGCUGGCCUGAGCUGGUGAGGCUGCCCAGUGGGUCCUGCCCUGUGCGGUGAGUUGGGAGGGUCUUCAGGGCCAUUUUUUCUUCCUGUGCCCUCCAAAUCCAAGUGUCUGACUGGAACCUGAGGACGAGUGAAUAAAGGUGGGGUGGCAUUGG